UGAAAUGAUCCACUUGUUGAAAGGUAGUCACGGCGCUCGUGUGGAAGUGUGCCACACUGUUCGGAACAUGCGCGAGCAGGAAUACUUUACUUUAAAACGGACGCUGGAUCUUCAUCGGCGCUUGGGGACGAUUAAAACCAGCAAACUAUAAUUAAAAACAAUAUUCACACCUGCUUUCAACAUUUUACCUUUGAAAUGUUCGUCCAUCUUCCGAUUUAAUAACAAUUGGGAGUCCAAUUUUUGGCGUUUUUAAUUUUACCUCAUCACUUUGAGAAAGCUAUACUUCAGUGCCGUCAAGGAAAGCAGAACCUGGGACAUUUUUGUGGAAUAUUUGUUGAAAUAUACACAUAUUCAGCGUAUUGUUUGGAUGGACAACUGUUUGGAUUUCUUUGUGAUUAGAUUUGCUAUUGGACUACACUUCGAGAUGAGUUAUCUGACGUCAUUGUUACAUAUUGCUGCUACGAUCCAACUGAGCCUUUUACCUGCACAGAGUUUUCCCUUAGUAAGCGUAAACAGCACUGCUAAAGUUUUGCUGUUUCAAGAGGUGUGGGGAAAAAGCUUCUGCCGCACUAUAGAGAAGCUAGUGGAAGUUGUUCAGGAAUAUCCCGGGGAGGUUGAGCACAUUUUCAGCCCCGCCUGCGUGCCAUUGGUCCGCUGCGCUGGUUGCUGUGGAGAUGAGAACUUGGAGUGUCACCCUACGCUUACUUCCAACACCACCAUGCAAUUAUUGAAGAUAAAGCCAGCAGAACAGGGCCAAGAAUAUGUGGAGAUGUCCUUUGUGGAGCACAAAGCCUGUGAAUGUAGACUAAGAAAACCUACGACAAAACAUGACAGACGGAAACCAAGAAACAGAGGGAGAAAAAGGAAGGAGAAACAGAGAGUGAAAGACUGUGACAGGUGUCAGCCUCCUCGCAGGUAAACUCUGUCUCAUCGUGAUCUCAGCAUAUCGCGUGUAUCCGGCCCCUACUGUGUGACCCUCAUCAUCAUUAUCUUUCACUUAUGGAUACUGACACAGCUCUGCACCCCAAGAUCCCAGAAGCAGAGUUGUUAUGGUGAUAGGGCUUCUCUCUAGCACACGGGGGCCUGUUAAUGAUCUACACAGGAAGCUCCUGUUGUGCAGUGAGGCAUCUUGACAAUAGCUUCUCACAGCUCUUUUAAGAAGAAUACUGUAAAAGCAACGGGAUCAAAGCCAAAACCUAAGACUGACAAAACACAAAGGACCUAUAUUAUAUUAUAUUAUAUUAUAUUAUAUUAUAUUAUAAUGUUAUUUUAUUAUAUUUAUACUGUUUGUAAAAUUAGAAAUAGUAAUAGUGAUAGUAGUGGUAGUAUUGGGUUACACCAUUGUCAGUUCUUCCCUGUUAUUUAUUAAAAUUCACUACAGUAAAUCUAAAUGAUUCCAAAGAUUUGUGAUUUAUCAUAUCACAAACCAUUAAUAAUAAUGUUGGUGUAUGCGUUUUAGAUUAGCCAUGCUAAUGCUAAGACAAUAUUACACUUAUGUUCUACCUGAGCUUUUCUUUUAAAGUAUUUGACAUCUUGUUAUUCAAAAACUUUUCUGUGCUUCAUACAGUAUCUCAGUUUGGGCAUCAAAUGGAUUGAAAUCCUGACCUCUAGUGGUAAUACUAAUACAGACAUCAUUUAACAUUUGAUAACACUAAAAAAGCCAUUCCAACUUAAAAUAACAAAACUUUUAAAAUAUGCACUGUGCAAGGACAAAAGCCUUAGUACUCUUAAAGGGCCAGUCAACUCCCAUGAGACAGACAUUCAUCAUGAUAUGAGAGAAUGUUGGUGUUUUGUAUUAUUUUUUGUCAGUGAAACAUGACUGAAUAUCCCAAAGUUUGGAUUUAGGUCUGUAAAAUGAACGAAGAAAGCAUUGUUAUUUAUGCUGCUGACUAAGUGUAGGGCCCUAAAUACAAAUGCACCAGUUUUCAAACAGGGCAAUGUUAUUCCCAGCGUAUGAAAAGUGUGUGGUCAAAAUGUUAAUAUGUAUGAAUAUUUUACAGAAUUAAGAGUAUCUUACUUAAUAGAGUGUUUAUGGUUUUAUAUUUCUGAUUAUUAACAGAUAUGCUGUCAAACAUUAUAGUGUAUGUGUGAAUGAGGGUGUGUGAGCAUUUUUAUGAGAGUGAAAGUUGUUGCGGGUUUGAUUUGGUUAAUACAGAUAUGGUCUUAAAAAAUGUAACAUAUGUAUUUCUCCUAAUAAAGAGAUACUUUCUUCCA